GAUAAAUGUUCUUAAAACUCUACUAAGUCCACAGAAUCUACUACAUCAAUCCAUCUCUUUUAAUACAUGGCUGUGACUACUACAUCGGUGAUCCCUCUGAAUUUACCUCUGCUAACUUUAGUUUUGGGCAUUGGUGGCACCUUUCAAUAUGGUCUGCACAUCUCCAUCAUCAACUCACCUUCAAAUCACAUUCAGAGAUUCAUCAACAACACGUGGGAGCAGAGAUAUGGGUCAGUCAUCCAUCCAGACAAUGUCAGGCUGCUCUGGUCCAUCAUUGUGGCUAUAUACAGCAUUGGAGGACUACUGGGGUCUCUUAUAGUCGGACCACUUGCUGUGGCAUUUGGAAGAAAGAAAACUCAACUAUAUAAUAAUGUGGUUGCAUUGGUGGGUGCUGCCUUCAUGUGUACAAGCAGAACAGUCCAGUCAUUUGAGAUGAUUAUACUGGGACGAUUUAUUUAUGGAAUCAAUGCAGGUGUGAGUUUGAAUCUUCAUACAAUGUACAUUGGAGAGUGCGCCCCACAGAGUAAGCGUGGAAUGGUCACAGUUUCUGUGUCUUUUGCCAUUGCUUUUGGAAGAAUGAUGGGUUUCGUGGUAGGGCUCAGGGAAAUUUUGGGUACAGAGGAGUUGUGGCCCUACCUUCUGUCUGUCAGCGCUGUUCCUGCUCUUAUUCAGUUGGUGACACUGCCAUUUUUCCCAGAGUCCCCCAGAUACCUUCUUAUUGACAAAGGUGACAAAGAUGGUUGCCUUAAAGCUAUGCAGCAGCUGUGGGGUCCAGGAGAACACCGUGCAGAGAUGGAAAGCAUGUUGGCAGAGAAGAAAAUGGUUGGGGAGCAGAUCAAAGGUGUGAAAAAUCUCCUGACAGAUCGAUCGGUGCGCUGGCAGAUGAUCUCUCUUCUUCUAAUCUGUGGAGCCAUGCAGCUUAUCGGCAUUAAUGCAGUGUACUUUUAUGCAUACGAUGUCUUCAGGAAUGCUGGCAUUCCACCCAAGGAAGUGCCAUAUGUCUCACUUGGUAUCGGAAUUAUAGAAAUUCUUACAACAGUGCUCUGUGGCUUUCUCAUUGAUUACCUGGGCAGGAAAUCUCUUUUGUGGGUGAACUAUUCCAUUAUGGCCCUGACUCUAACAUUACUUACUGUUACUCUCUUUCUCCAGGGCUUAAAUACUUGGCUUCCAUACGCUUCUUGUGUACUCAUCUUUAUCUUCACCUUGAGCUAUGGCAUUGGACCUAGUGGAGUAAGUUGCGUACUGCCCACAGAGCUGUUUGUCCAUUCAUACAGGCCAGCUGCCUAUGCCUUAUCUGGAGGAAUGCUUUGGCUGGGACUAUUUGUGAUAGGCCUGGCAUUCCCCUUCAUUGAGGAGGCAUUGGGGCCUUUUUGCUUCAUCUUCUUCCUUGUCUACUGCGCCUCUCUAGCUUUGUAUACCUUUUGGAUCUUUCCAGAGACCAAAGACCAAAGUAUGAUGGAAAUUCUUGAAACUUUCAAUGCGCUUAACUCUAAAGGAGAUAAGGAAUGCAAAUAUGUCUGUACCAGGUUUUAGAUCUGAGAUUUUG